AUGGGCAGAAAACGGAAAUUUGUUCAGGAUGGAGAAUCCGGUGCAACAAAUGAUUACGCAAUGAAAUUAAAAAUAUCGAAUAACACUGAGCCGCAUAUUAGACAAAUUGUUCGCUCAAUUAUGCACACAAUGGGAGAUUCUCUGAACCCACUACCAGAAAACGAAGAUCAGGUCAUCGAUAUCCUCAAAAAUGAAUUGAUCGGCUUACUAAAUGAUAGUGUUGAAAUAAAUAAAGAAAGCAAAAAAGCGUCGAUUGAGCUCGCCGACAUGAUUUUUGUGCUUCAAAAUCAGAAAGGCUUGAUAUCCAGGUUCAUUGCCUAUUUAAUUAAACGCUCGGAAGCCUUGAAAUUCACCAAAUCGAAGAUGUUGUCGUCGACUUGCGGCGCGAAUUCAGAUGUCGAUGACAGUGACGACGACUUGGAAAAUGAAGAGAUUGAGGGAAUUGCGGUCUCCGCUGAUGAUUUGAAACGAAAGGGAAAGAAAGAAAAAUCGCCACCGCCUGAAGAUUCGUUGUAUAUAGAGACAAAACAUGCAUUUGAAGUGAUCCACUUCGAUUUUGAACAAUUUGCUAACUUUAAUGAUGAACUUGAGAAAUCUCGACAAAACGCGCUUCUGAAAUUCAUUGCGGAAAUUGAUUCGAAUGAUUAUUCGAAAUUCGCUGAAGCUCGACGAGUCUCGUUUCAGAAGACGUCCACCACUGUUGUGAUGCCGAAUCCGAGCGCCAGAAAGCGAAUUAGCGAGUCGAACCUUCAAUUGCUAUUGAAAUGGAUUGGUCGGCCGCCGUUAAAAGGCGAAUGCGAAGAGGUUUUUGUGGCGUAUUUCGCCAAAGAGGUGAUUCUGGAGAUCGUUUCAAACGCGCUUCUUCAGAAAUUCUCGGAACCUGAAGGAUUAUUCAAGAAUGAUUUGCGAACGGACAUGCCCAAACAGGAAUUCAACAAUUGGGAUCUUUGGGGUUGCGCGAUCUGCUUCGGCAUCUUCAUGGCGUUCGUUCUGAUCGCGACGUGCACAUGCAUCAACUAUUGCUUCAUUCGAGAGCAAGAUGAGCUCACCAAAAUGGAAAUGUUCGGCUAUCGACACAAUAUUCGACGGAUCCGUUUGGGACCGCAUUCGAGAAAAACGAUCGCGAGGAAAAUGCUUGAAAAAGAAAUGGAAGACGCCGAUAAAUAA